AUGCGGCCUGAUGACAUUAACCCGAGGACUGGGCUGGUUGUGGCCCUGGUCAGUGUCUUCCUGGUCUUUGGCUUCAUGUUCACCGUCUCUGGGAUGAAAGGAGAGACUCUGGGAAACAUCCCCCUCCUGGCCAUAGGGCCAGCCAUCUGCCUACCAGGCAUCGCAGCCAUUGCCCUGGCCAGAAAAACUGAGGGAUGCACCAAGUGGCCCGAGAAUGAGCUGCUGUGGGUCCGCAAGUUGCCCUGUUUCCGGAAACCCAAAGACAAGGAGGUGGUGGAACUGCUGAGGACCCCUUCAGACCUGGAGUCGGGCAAGGGGAGCUCAGAUGAGCUGGCUAAGAAGGCAGGCCUCAGGGGGAGGCCUCCCCUCCAAGGGCAGGGCGAGGUACCUAUGGCUAGCUCCAUCACUAACCCCACACCCACGGAGGAAGGAGAAUGCCAGAGCCCAGUCCAGAGCGGGCAUCGGGAGGAGACAUCCAGAUACCUGGAUGGCUACUGUCCGUCGGGCAGUUCCCUCACCUACAGUGCCUUGGAUGCCAAGUGCUCAGCCUGGGACAGGUCUGAGUGCCCUGAACCUGAGGACAGCAUCUUCUUUGUGCCCCAGGACAGUAUCAUCGUUUGCUCCUACAAGCAGAACAGCCCCUAUGACAGAUACUGUUGUUACAUCAAUCAGAGCCAAGGCAGGUGGGACCACGAGACGAUAGUCUAA